AUGCAACCACCAAGAAGAGGAGGUUUCCCCCCAAGAGCUACCGCCGGACGAGGUGGACCCAGUUUCGUGAAGAACACAAACCCUUGUGCUCCACCGGGGUUUCCACUGCGAAGCAUUGAGGAACUACUACAAGCACCUGCACGAAGAAACCAGCCAACUCUCCACCCUGAGAAGAAAGAUGGUGCUCUUUGGAUAUCAAUUGACAAUGAGGUCAAGUAUGAUAUAAAGAGGGCUUUUUCCAACGAUUUUGAAGGACCUUGGUUGAAUCUCAGUCUGGUUCCUCCAGAGCAGCAAGACAAGUGGUGGUCUGAUUUUGUGCAAAAGUGUUACUGGGAUUCAGACCACCAUAAUUUGGUGAAGGUUCUUUGGACAAAACAACUAAGGAGAAUGAUCUCAAACAACAUCAGCAAGGGAAAGACAAACAACAAAAAGCCCAACUUUGUCUCUGAUAACAACUGGAAGUUGAUGUGGCGACACUGGAACACUCCUCAGGCACUUCAUGUUAGCACCACAAACUCCAAGAACAGGAAAUCAGAGCGUGAUGGAGAUGGUAUACAUCAACACAUCUCAGGUUCCAAAUCUUAUGCCAAGAUCAAAUAUGAAAUGAUGAUGGAGUUGGGUGAGGAGCCAGCUAUCACUGACCUGAACACCCCAGCACUGAUGAGACUGAUAGCCAAGGCUCCAACUCAGAAGCAUCAAUCACACCAGUUAUGA